UCUGUGUGCGUGUGGGUGUGCGUGCGGUAGCCUGGGUGUGGGCGGAGGGGCGGGACUUGUGCUCUCUCUGCCUUUGGACUUCACAUGAAGUGCCCUUAGAAGGAAGGCGCGUCUGUGCACUGGAGUCUUUAUAUUUACAGUGGUAGCAAGUCCUCAUUGUCCAAGUCAGCGAUCAAAACCACUUUUCUGACACGAUGCAGCUCGUUUGGGAUGAUAUUGUACCUGGGGCUUCUUAGCCUAUUAUUUCUCGGAUCAUCUGCAGAAGGCUUCCUGGCUUCUGGAAGAGGAGCUGCAGGACGUGUGCGUGAGGCGGUGGAGACGGGGAGGUGAGCAGCGCACGCCGCGGCGGAUGACACGGGCAUGGAGAUGUUGCGCCGCUCCUCUGUGUUUGCGGCUGAAGUGUUUGACCGCUCGCCCACCGACAAGGAGUUGGUGUCCCAGGCCAAAGCACUGUGCAGGGACUACAUCCACUCCAGGCUGAACCGUGCCGGGAUGGGCUGGUCUAAGCCUGAACACGUACUGGCUGCAUCAGGUGGGACGCUGGGGGAAAUCUCGUCGGUUCUGCUGUGGCUGGGUGAUGAGUUGGAGUACCUUCGACCCAAUGUUUACCGUAAUGUAGCAAAGCAGCUCAACAUCACCGUGGCAUCGGAGAGCGUGGUGUCUGAUGCCUUCCUGGCUGUGGCCUCAGACAUUUUCUCCACAGGUGUGACAUGGGGAAAGGUGGUUUCAUUGUACGCCGUGGCAGGGGCCUUGGCAGUGGACUGUGUGCGCCACGGUUACCCAGCUAUGGUCCAUACCAUUGUCGACUGCAUGGGCGAGUUUGUCCGCAAAGCCCUGACCUCCUGGUUGAAAAGGCGAGGCGGCUGGGUGGAUUUAACUAAAUGUGUGGUCAACACUGAUCCAAGCUUCCGCUCUCACUGGCUUGUGUCUGCUGCCUGCACCUUAGGACACUAUCUGAAGGCCAUUGUGUUAUAUCUCCUCAGGGAGAAGUGAAAGAUGAAGUCAGAGACUGGUGUCUGAGCAGCUCUGUACACCACCAUCACCACUCCAUUAAGACAACCACUGCUUUGGAUUAUGUUUACACUCUGGUGCACUGAGCCUUCACCUGUCCCAUCCCAGAAAAUGGACCUUCCUUGCUUCUCCUAGAUCCUCUUGUCUAUUUAUUGUUGAUGGUUACAUAGUAUAGUGCCACACAAUGGAUGUGGAUGCAUAAAUCCAUCCACUCAUAAAGUUUUUAGCUUUUCUUUUUUUCUUCCAACUGUCUACCUGCCCAUUUUGCUGCCUGUUUGGCUGCCCCUAGUGAUUGAAAAUGGUAAAUACCACUAUUAUAUUCUACUACAUUCACACUUAAAUUGAGAAUAUUCUCCAGGAUCAUGAGAUCCUGAUCUUACAAAAAUCUCCACUACUCAUCUGGGUGGUAUAUGUGCUCCAACAGAUAGUGCAUGGCAUCUUUUUUCUGAAUUGUUUGAAAAAUUUUUUUUGUUUUUUUCUUUUCUCACUCCAGAUUUAUUUUAUUUCAGCCUGUGUAGACGGGUUUUUGUGUUUUCAUCACAAACAGGACCUAACUGUCAGUUUUGAGACACACUCAUCUAUAGUGAUGGUGCAGAGUGGUGCAGUUUUUUCCAAGUCGAAGGAUAGAUUAAAAGAACAUCUUAAUUAUGCUUAAGACAGCCUUGCUUUUUACCCCCACCCAACACACACACACACACACACACACACCUACACCUACUACUAUAUACAGUCCCUAAAAAGAGCCUACAACUAUUACAAAUAUGUAUUUCAGACAGUACUACGCCUCCAGAGUAAUUCUCUUCUGUGUUCCUUGUUCACUGUGAGACUGUGUAUUAUAUUGCUGUACUGUAACUUCAGAAAUGCAAGUUAGUGUUUUCUCUGAGUUAGAGCACUUUGAUAAUAACAUUUCCAUUUAUAGGUAGAAUUUAUUCCAUGAAUAAUUUCACUUUAUAUGGCAUGUAGGACUAGAAAAUAAGUAAAUGUUUGAGUCCACUGCAACUGUAAAUAAUAUUAAAAAAUGGUUACAACAGUCCAUGUCUGCAUUUUAGUCGUUUUAAUAAACUGUCUGUCUGUGACUAUAUGACAUGUCUGUACCCAAUGAAAACCCAGAUUUACAUUUAUUCCAAAAGUUUUUAUGUCCAAUACUUAUCAACUUUUUUGUACACUGAAUUGUUUGGCUGUUGAACUGUACAUAUAUUGUUGCAUGUACAGUGCCAUAGUAAAGGUGAAAUAAAUAUUCAAU